AGUCAAUCCGCGAAGCCAAACUCCGGAUUCAAGCAUCAGAAAUAUUUUCUUCAAUUCGUGCUUUUGCUAGCUCCUCUUCGUCUCUAGACGCUGGUUUAAGCACUGAACUGGAUGUGGUUACGGGUUACAGCGAGAUCGUUCCCGACACUGUUGUUUUCGACGAUUUCUAGAGGUUUCCUCCACUGCUGCCACUGUCAGCUCCUCUCUGCUCUUGGGUAUUUGUAGGCUUCCCGACACAGAAUUCAAGAGUAGAGUGCUGUUGAUACUGCAUUGGCCUCUUCAGAGUGUUACACCUUAGAAAAUUCUGAUGAUCGAAUGUCUUGUUUCUUUGACAAGGCUUUGGUAAAUGUUGGAGGUGAUCUUGCAAAGCUUGUGCCUGGUCGUGUUUCAACCGAAGUCGACGCUCGUCUUGCAUAUGAUACACAUGGUAUUAUUAGGAAGGUGCAUGACCUUUUGAAGCUGUAUAAUGAGAUUGGAGUGUCUCCAGAGCGUCUAUUGUUCAAAAUCCCUUCAACUUGGCAAGGAAUUGAGGCAUCAAGGUUGCUAGAGUUGGAAGGUAUACAGACUCAUAUGACUUUUGUAUACAGCUUCGUACAAGCUGGUGCUUCCGUUAUUCAAAUUUUUGUUGGCCGCCUUAGGGACUGGGCACGCAACCAUACUGGUGAUCUGGAAAUAGAAGCUGCUCUUAAAAGAGGAGAAGAUCCCGGGUUGGCUUUGGUCAUUUUAACCAUCUUUCUAUCUCUACUUUAAUACUAACACUGUGAUAAUGUAUCAUCCAUCACUUUGCUUCAUUGUUGUGGCAAAGUGAAUAGCAAUUAUAUGCAUUCAGGUGAAUAGUCAUGCUGCAUGUGUCUUGUUUCUUGUUCAUACCUAGAGCCUUAACAAGAAUGUAAAAAAUGACAUAAAAUAUGCAUUCUUAUCACAGCUUCUUUUUUGUUUCAUUGAGGCUAAAGCUUAUAUUGGACAUUUCAUAAACUCCAACAUCUUGUAAGAUGUUUGAAGAGCUUAUAAAAUGCAAUUUCUCAAGAGCUUAUAGGCUGUCACAAUUUCAGAUAAUGAGAGAGUGAGAGAGAGUCAUAUGCGAAUCAUGGGCAAAUGAAAUGGGAAGUGUAUACGUCGUAGUAGGGUGACAAAAGCCUAUAAUUACGUGCACAAGUAUGGGCAUAAUUCCAAAUUAAUGGCAGCAGCAGUUCGUAACAAACAGGAUGUUUUUAAUCUUUUAGGAGUUGAUUAUAUUAUAUCAGCAUUGAAGAUAUUGCAGUCUCUAAAAGAGUCUGUUACACCUCCUGAUGAGAAAUAUUCUUUUGUGAGACGACUGUCACCACAAUCAGCUGCUUCGUACAAUUUCAGUGAGGAAGAGGUUAGCUUUCCUUGUUUCACUUUAUAAUUUUCUAUGUCAGAUAGCACAAUUAGUAGCCGGACUAACAUGACGGGUGGAAAACUCUUUGGUCCUUAGGUAUUAUGAAAAAUUGUUGACAUUAUAAUAUUAAAUGAAUUUCUGAAGUAUUUAAUGGUGUUGCACUAAAUAACAUUGUAGACCGGUAACAUAUUUUGAACCAAGUGGCUGUUUGUAUGUGCUGAAUGGGUAACAAGUGUUAAAUAAAGUCAUCUUUUUCCUGUGGCAUUGAGAUAAGUGCGUUUCGUAUUUUGGGAAGGGUUAAGAAAUCAAAUAAAGUUGUAGUGAUAUAAGUUUGUGAGUUAAUAUUUGAGCUUGUGACAUGGGACCAAUAUAGCUUUGCUUCUGCCCUGGAUAGUUAUGCUAGCCAGUCAAAGCGGGUAGAAGAAUUGUUUGGAAAAAUAUGGCCACCUCCUAAUGUUUGAAGCAUAUUGGUGAUGAUCUUGCUAAUUACUCCUUUUUAUGUUCUCCAACACACAAUUUGCUGUUGUUAUCGAUGUCGUUGUUUAGAAAAUAAUCUGAGAGUACCUUAUGAGGACAUUGCAUUUCGUGUUCGACUUAAGUUCAAUUUCUGAUGCUGCACGACUCCUCUUGUUUAAUUUUUCUGGAUGAUCCAUCUUCUUAAGUGUAUGAAAAUUGGCAAUUUAAACAUGGUCGAAGGUGGGCAUGGCGCAAGCAUGUAUCGGCCUGGCACCAUUUGUGAACAUGGUUGGGUGCCAUGCCCUUCUCGGUGUAGUGUAGUGUAAGAGCUAGAUUACAAAUAUCCACAACAGGUUAUUCGAUAAAGAUUUUAUUGUAUGUAACUUAGGUCAGUUGGAUUUACAACAAUAAAUAAAGAAAUUGAAUUACACCAAA